GCAUAUUCGCGUGUGUUCUAGAAUGAUCGCGCGCGGACCGAAUCUGAUACUUAUUUUUUUUGUGUACGGUUCAGAUUCUAGAAGAAAGUGGGUUCUUCCAUAUCACUAGUGUUCCCAGUCAUGUCGCAGUAGAACAUGUGGUCUAGUGGAUAUGAGCUUUAUUUUUUGAUUAGUCCAACUGGAUGUAUUGACCUAAGUUGCUAGAAUGAAGAGUAAAGAUUUCCGGGCGUGACCGAUUCAUGAUUUCACGCGUUUGCAGGUUCGCGUUUGAGACCACGUUUGUGACUUCUAUUUGGUAAUACCUCUCAGCUCGUAAUUAUGCAAAGUAACCACGAAUCGACCGCGACCGGACCGACAGUUCUGUUUAUCGAUAUCAAACAAUUGGAAACAAACAAAAGAUCAUAGCAUAAAGUUUUAUACGGACAUGUGCGAAUGUUUGGUACCAUAGUAGCGCGCUAUUGAUGUCAGUUUAAAAUUGUGACUAUAAAAAGAAUUGGAUCAACGUUUUCAGUAUCAGUUUGAAGCAACACCACUUGGAAUAGACGAUCGAGAUGGCUUUCCAACUAGUCUCAAUCUUCGCGUUAAUUUGUUUAGUUUCAGCAGAUGUAAGUGAACUGUUGCGUCAGCCUUCGAAGAUCCAAAGUCCCAAACCCAUCGCGACACGAUUCUACACUUUCAACACACAGCAAGUGCAACCGCAGUACUACACGGUGCCACAUUUCCACUAUAAUAACCAUGGUCCAAGACAGCACCUUUACGAUAGCAUCAUCGUCGAUCAACCGCUUGGCGUCCCAUAUACGGUGAUCAGUUCCCCCGAGCCAACCACUUUGCUGCGCACAAACCCAACCGUAAUUGAUACCAACACCGGCAUUGCUUACCAGGUGACCGUCGUUCAACCGGACACCAAAGGACCUUAUCACUACAAUAAACCUAAACAACCGAUAGUUGACUAUCUCGCACCUAUAAAGACACCAAACGACGAUUAUCUACCACCGGUUUCGUCGACUGGCAAAUCAAGCUAGAGAUCGGUGAAGGAUUUCGAAGAAUAACUAAAUAAUUCAAACGAUCAAAAUGAUGCUUUCC